AUGUCGAGAGCCAAAAGAAUUAUGAAAGAGAUGCAAGCUAUCCAAGAUGAUCCUGAAGCUCACAUCACUUUGGAAUUUGUCAGUGAAUCAGACAUUCACCAUCUAAAGGGUUCUUUUCUAGGUCCUCCGGGGACACCUUACGAACAUGGUACAUUUGUAGUGGAUAUUGAAGUCCCUAUGGAAUAUCCAUUCAAACCACCAAAGAUGAAAUUCGAUACGAAAGUAUAUCAUCCAAAUAUUUCUUCAGUGACAGGUGCUAUUUGUCUGGAUAUCCUGAAGAACGCGUGGUCUCCAGUAAUUACGCUCAAGAGUGCAUUGAUAUCGUUGCAAGCAUUGUUGCAAUCACCUGAACCUAGUGAUCCUCAAGACGCUGAAGUCGCACAACAUUAUUUGAAAGAUAGAGAAUCUUUCAAUAAAACUGCUGCACUUUGGACACAAUUGUAUGCUGGUGGUAAUAAUGAUGGUAAUAAUGAUGGGAUUAAUGCAAAUAACGCAGAUGAGGCUGAUUUGUAUGGGAUCAGUCAGGAAUUGGUACAGGAAUUUGAAUCUCAAGGGUUUCAAAAGGAUAGAAUCAUCGAAGUACUCAGGAGAUUAGGUAUCAAAUCUUUGGAUCCUAACGAUAACGAUAGUAUCAAUAGAGUCAUUGAAGAGCUUCUGAACUAG